CAGGUCGAGAAAUAACAUUAGAGAGUGAAGGAGCCAUCAGCAAUGUCUAUGCUAAUUUUAUUUUUAAUUUGUUGCGCAACAUUUUCCGGAUCUACAGGCAACUACCAUAAUGGUCUGGAUAUUAAAGACACGAUAACAGGGCUGGAAGAAAAAUGCGGCACAUGCGGCUAUCAGAAGCUAUCAUCACAGACAUCGGAGACAUCCGAAACAAUUCAGAAAUAUACAUCACAAGAAUAUGAAAGCAUUAUUAAGGAAAAGGAUAGUCAAAUUACGAAGCUACAAGUCCAGCUUGCUUCUAAAAAGGAAAAUAUCAAGGACUUUAAAAAGCAGCUUGAAAUAAAAACAGUGGAAUGUGAAGCAAGACUAGAGGAAAAAUCGAAUCAAUUGGCAGAUCAAAAAUCAAUUAUUCAGUCACUUGUCGCUAACUGCAGUAGCGGAACUCAACAAAUCAAUGAACUGCAGAAUAAAGUGAAAUUCUUAGAAAUUCAAAUGGAAGCUCUGCGUCCCAAAGCUGUGCUGGAAAACAACAAAGAGAUCCUCACGUGUGAGUCCUUUGAGAACUCCUCAAAAAUUGAAGUACUGCAAAUUCCGGGCAUAGCUGAGCCCUUCUCAGCUCUUUGUGAUGCUGAAGUAGCAGGCUCGGGCUGGAUUGUGAUUCAACGUCGAUUCGAUGGAAGUGUGAAUUUUGAUCGCAUCUGGGAGGAUUAUCGGUUUGGGUUUGGCAAUUUGAAUGGCGAGUUUUUCUUUGGAUUGGAAAAGCUGCACCAAAUCACAAAAUGGAAACCCCAUGAACUAUAUAUACAGCUAAAGGAUUACAAUAAUCGCACUUUAUAUGUCCGGUUUGAACAAUUUGAAAUUGAAAACGAGGAAAGCGACUACAUGAUAAAAAGAGUAGGCAAUUGUAUCACUAAUGCUACAAAUGUCAAGAUACUGCAAAAAAAUAUUAAAUUUAAUACUCGUGAUAAAAUAAAUUGCAAAUAUUUCAGCUGUGUAGGAAGUUAUGGUUGGUGGCACAUAGCAUCUAUGAGCAACUUAAACGUUCCAAAGUAUUCCCAGCUAUAUUGGGAGGAAUAUAAUAAGGCGAUCAAGGUGAAGUCCACAAAAAUGAUGAUCAAGCCAAAAAGAUGGCUGCAGGAUUAAGGAAAAUGGGACCAGCUCUUCCUUCAUUUAUAUGUGCUUCUAAUACGAAAGCUUUAACAACUCGAUAAUCAUAGAUUUGUAAAAAAAAUUGUUUAACUAUUCAAAUGUUUAACAUUAUUAUUUUCUGUAUUUCAACUGCUGUAGUUAAUUUGUCCAUUGUUUUCAGCGCGGGCCACAUUUGCACUCAUUUUACAUAUUAUUUAUUAAGCAGAAAAAUUUGCACAUACUAUAUGUACUUAAGCUCGCAAAAAACAUACUCUGGGAUAUGUAGUAUACGUAUUUAUAUUAACGCAACUUGCAGAAGGGCCAUUAACGAACUAAUAAAUUAUUUACUAGACGAAAAUCUGAAGGAGAUAAGAGCUCGUGAGCCUGAAACGUGCGCCCAAGCGAACCAAAACAAAAACGUGCACAGGCGCCCCAAAAAUACAAAUGAACAGACGCACCAACACCCACACACACAGACACACAGGCAUACACCUACAUUAUUGGUAGCUUAUACAUAUAUAUAUACACCCACA